AUGGAAAAACAAAGGAGGAAACAGAAGACAGUCGGCGAGUCUUGCCCCGCCGGAGCGGCCAUGGUUGCGGAACUUGUCCUCCUCGUCUUCGUCAUUCCCCUUGUUGUAUCCCGAGCGGCCAAAGUUGCUAAACUUGUUCUCCUCAUCAUCCUCGGAGUUGCCCCUGAAGCAUGGUGUCAGUCUAUGGAGACCCCAGGAUGUUGAGACGAGAGGGCGACUUACUUGUUGUAGCCGGAGCGGCCAUAGUUGACACAAGGCUCAGUGGUGAAAGAAGCGAAGGCAGCCAUUGCGAAGGUUUGGGUUAUGGGUUGAAGUUUAAAAGCUGAGGCUAGAGAUGAUGGUUUGGGUGUUGUUAGGUUGUGUUGGAAGAGCUUGUUGGUGGUGAUGCUGACCGGAACCUGGGAACACGAAGUUCCUUAUAUAUAUAACUUUGAACGACAUGUCAAUGCCACUUGAAUAGAUGGGCAACUUCAUCUCGCCCUCUUUCCUGAACUGCCAUGUAGUUGCAGGCGACAGUGCCCCGCGGGGGCCCCAAAUCCGCGAGAUGACAUAAGGCGAAAAGAGACCUUACUUUCCUUACGUUCCCCACACGCCUUAGGCAUCGUGAUACGACUGGGUGAUAUUGGUGGAACGCCUUGUCAAGGUACAUAUCACGCCUCCUGGGGAUGUGACUCGCACGGCAGGGGCCAAAGGUACUGGACGGGCACCAAGGCAAGCUGGACGAAAUGCAUGGCAGUUACGACAGUUUUCGGGACUGGGCCCAACGAUGAGAUGCAUCUGCGCCUCCAAGCCGUGAGAUCCGGACAUCUGGUGAUGCUACUCUUUGCAUAGGGCCGAGAGUCAAGUACCAAAUAGGGAAUUAGAACGAACAUCGAAACCGUUUUUGGGGGCGAAUGGAAUUUUUUGAAACCUGUCAAUACGCACACUGGGCCACUUUCCUACACUUGCAUAGGGCUGAGUGGCAUCCAAAGAUGGAAUUGGAUGGAUGCCUUGGUGGCCUGUGUAAGCACCAGUGGGCUUUGCUGGGGUUACACCUGGCGCGAGCCACUUGCAUGCAGCCCUCUGCGACAAAAAAGAGACAUUGCCAGGCACGCCGGAUUCUCUAUGCCCCGCUCGUCUUCAAACUGGUUUAUACGGCGACAUACGGCGAUACACGGCGACUUCCUCGGGAGUAAUGCCAGCAUGUCGUUGCCGGUUUUAGCCAGCGUGCCGAUAUCUGGUGUGCUCUAGAAUCCUGCAGAUGCGGCUCAGGAGUACGCGAAGUGUGGUGGACUUGUGCUCUGGUGGUACCGGUCGUCUGUCGUCUGUCUCCGACCCAGUGGAACGCAUCGCCCAGUGCCGGACGAUCCGCAAGCCUUCGGCAGAGCAUCUGCAGCUGUACCAACAGCACGUGUUGGGCUUCCAACCACAUGUCACAAGAGACGCAUCUGCCACAACCGCACCUGGCUACACUUGCACAGAAUUUGGAAUGCACAUGGCUCUUCCAUCAGAUAUCCCACAUCGUCGCGAGCCGCACGUCAGACUUACGUGGUGCGACGGCUAUUCCCAAGUCAUGGUUCGUGGAUUGGAACUGAUGAUGGCGGGUCAUGAAGGGGCUAUGUCGUCCGAUAUCUUAUUUCCGUCUGUUAUCCGCCAUACGCUCCGCCAAGCAACCGAACGUCUACGUAAGGUCCCGCGAACGUAUGUACAGACGACACGUGAGUUACUCAGCAUGUCAUCGUUCAACCUCAAGAAUGGUGUUUAGAGCUCGUCUGUGGAUAGAUGAGUGUGGCAUGCCAGUCACACCGACCUAGCAGCCACGCAAUGUGCAGAGAGACUCCAUCGGACGGAAUAAUGACCAUACCAGCCGCAGCCAGACCUAUUGGUUCCGGUGAGAUUUUCGGGCCGUCAGUUUCUUGAUCGGAAACAGCAAAGUCCUCCAGACCGCGACAACUUCAUGUCAUGAAGCAAUCAAGAUGCUGAAUUAUACGAGCGGUUACCAAGCUGCUGACUGUCAGCACGUGGAGGUCCCGCUAUCACAACCGAGUGGCACAAUCAGGGAGGGUUUCCCGGGGAAUACAUUGCCGAAUAGCCAAGUAUCUUCGGUCAUGAUUGUUGAGGACAUCUCACUGCUCAACCUGUCACUUUUCAACCUAUUCCGAUGUCUCGGUAUCGCUCUGGGAAUAUUGAUCACGGCUGCGACUUUGCGAUCAUGUCCGAGAUGGAUAUCUGUUUCAGACUAUUUCCAUCUGCAAACUUAGGGGGGAGUACUGAUCUGGGCACCACACCAUAUUCGUCGCGUCGUACAGACCGCGGCUCUUCUAUCACCUUGCCGCCUGGGUUAAGCGACAGUGAAUAAGUUUGCCUAUUGCGGGUUUGCUUCACUGAUGGUGGUGGUCGGUACGGUAUGGUGGUACCUGGUGCCACGUGCGAUCCAGACGAGAGGGACCCCAAGCAGAGGGCCCCCUCGUCCCGCACCAUGAUCACGGAUGGCCCCCUCCCCCCUGGUUACCGGGACAUUUUGUCUCGGCUCUCUUGAGGCACGGUCCCAGAGAACCAAAUGCCCAGCUACCCGCCCGUCAUCCCGGGAACGUCUGAAGCUUGGCGCCGAGAUUGGUCACCGGCAUUGAGCUCCAGAAGUCAACUACCCUCAUUGCAUUAGGCCUUUCCAGGCUUCCACAUAAAGAUGCCUCAGAAUAACAUUGACCAUCAGCACUUCUUCCAAAUCUAUCUCGCUUACCUUGAUAUCUAGACGGCGAUUCGGGCAUCGAACCAAAAUAUCACCGUGUUACUCAUCUGCCAUCUCGGACCGAACCUGCAGUGCAGCUUGUUCUAGGUUGCGAAUAAAUUCCCUUUUGCGGCUGCGGUGUCCGGUGGUUCUGAAACGAGUCGACAUCCAACUGCAGCCCUACGAUCAAGUGAGUUGUGGGGGCCAAGACUGGUGCCCCAACGGCUCUUUACAAGCGAACAAGGGCACACAAUUGGACGGUUGGACGACAUGCCAUCUCAUGUUCUUUUCGGGAGCGGCAGGCUGUGUGGUACAGAGCAACCAACAACUACACAGAAAGCUGCUUCCCUAGUAUUUCCACUUGCCAUCCACGUGCUUGGGUAGGAAUGACAUUACCUACAAGCCAUCGUAACGCAGGAGCGUUGUUGUUUCUGCCCAUGUUGAGCUGAACAUGUUCCCGAAAGAAGAGUCAUCUGUUUUUCCUUUGCGAGAGGAUGAGAUGCGAAAAGGGAGGCCUGAAAGCCAAGGCUGUAGAAGCUGGAGAGCAUGCAAAAGGAUGCGGCCUCCUCGCCGAGCCCCGCGGACCCCAACGUCCCGUGUUCUCGGCUCUCCGCCUUUUCGACGCUGCGAGAGGGGACGUAGCGGUGUAUAUCGGAGGCUGUUAUGGCGGGAUCAAUCUCGCAGGUGUACCUGUCAAUCGAGGAGACAAGUUUCUUGGCGUAAGGGUGCAGCAUCCAAAUUUCAUAUUUUCAACUAUCAUUUUACCUAUUCAUCAAGGACGCAGUUUACUAGUAUUGGUGCAAGGUGCGGUGACAACAGCACAGAUGAACAAGAGGCUUUUUCCCUAGGAAGGCUGGGGAGCUGCACACUUGAUCAGCUGGUUGGCCUUGGGGAUAUUGCACUGUAAUGUCUAUCGGUUCUUUCAUUCUAGAUAGUACGGUGCGGGACAGCCCAGAGUUGCACUCUCUGGCGUGGCUGUUGUUACAGUUUGUAUCACUCACCACACCGCACCUUUACGGGCCCGGUAUUUGCUUUCCUGUUGACAGAGGCUUAUCCGCCCGGGUGUCUUGACGGGCCGGAAAAGUGAUGGUUUCACUGCCACGUUUUUUUUCGUCAUCGGACGGAGCACACGGAGGGGAUGGUUUCGUGGCUUUUGGUGAGGACCGGUCGAUCAGGAGUGACUGACUGAUUGUUGUGGCGUUAUUGAUGCCGGCAGGGUUGGGGUGGGAUGUAUUGGAUGUGAUGCUUGGGUGUUCGAGUUUCUGCCUGAGUUGAUGAUGACAUAACCGGGUGCUGACUACGAGGUUGGAUGGCUCACGGGGGGAGUUCAGCUUGCUAGCUACUUCUGCCAAGGCUGGCGAUGUUGCUGGUGAGGGCGGAUAGCUACGCCUUGUUUUCCCGCUUUGCUGGGCUAUGGUAUGUACAUUUCUUGGGGUGUGGAGAUGGGUGUGGGAGGUCGGGGGAAGACAGGAGAGGCGAGGUGGGCUAGGCUUUCUUGGUUAAGAUGUAUGUUUGUUUGGUUUAUCUUGUGUUGUGUUAUGUUGCCUUCCUAUUCCGGCUCGCCGAGCGCGGGUUAGGCAGCCAGGCUGUUUCAUUGCCCCCUUUUUUUUUCACUUAUGUGUCGACCUAUCACGAAGUCAACAAUGGUUUCAUAGACUUGAAGGGUCUCGAAAGUGUUGAGGGUCUAGCGUUGCCCUGAGUCACGGAGUUGCAGAAGUCUGGACUCGUUCUACUGUCGUCGUCGU